UACUACAAUUGGGAUUAAUUCUAUGAAUAAAAAUUUCUUAAUGUUUCUCAACAAUAUUUUUGCGAAGAUGUAGGGGAUGUUCCGGUACCAAGCCUCUUUUUCAUUUUCCAUAGCCGAGUAUGGGAGCUAAAAAACAAGACCCCAAGGCUGGGGCCAAGAAAUCAUCUGCCCCCAAAGCCAAGAAGGAGGGAGGAGGAAAGGCCAAGAAGAAGAAGUGGUCGAAAGGAAAAGUUCGAGAUAAGUUGAACAAUUUGGUCUUGUUUGAUAAAGGCACUUACGAUAAACUUUACAAAGAGGUUCCAAGCUACAAACUGAUUACUCCUUCAGUUGUUUCUGAAAGAUUGAAGAUUAGAGGUUCACUAGCAAAGGUAGCCCUCAGAGAAUUACACAAGAAAAAACUUAUUCGACUAGUAUGUAAACAUCAUACACAGAUUAUCUAUACUAGAGCUACUGGUGUUAAAGACAAGAAAGAAGAACCUGCAGCCAAACCUCCAACUAAAGGGAAAAACAAAUAAAUGUAAAAUAAAUCA